ACUCUUAGCUUCUGACCCCUCCCAGCUGAGUGAAGAUGAGCUCCCCAGUGACUUACAGUCCUUGUCGUGGCUGACAUCUGUUGAUGUGCCUCGGUUACAACAGAUGGCCAGUGGAAGAAUGGAUUUCAGCCUUGGUGCUCAGAAUGCAAUGCUACAACAGACAGGUCCUGUGGCAAGCAACAUGCACUCAACAGGAGCCCCUGGAGCCAUGAUUCAUGUCCAGGCCAGCCUGCCACAGGGGAUCCUGGGACUGAACUCUAUUUCAACACACGGAGCAAAUAUGAGCCAGUAUGCUGUAGGUGGGCAGCCAUCUCCUGGUUUACAAGCACAGCAGCAGCUCUUCCCUCCUCCUCACUCACAGCAAGUGUUUGCGCUAGCACAGAGCACGCCACAGUGUAACCCAGCAGCAAUCUACAACACAUCCUAUGGGACUCAGCCACACUACUCUCAGCCACGCCUGGCUCCUCACUCUGCCCAAGAACUGCACCCAAAGCAUUACCCCAAGCCCAUCUAUUCUUACAGCUGCCUGAUUGCCAUGGCCCUGAAGAACAGCAAGACAGGCAGUCUCCCCGUGAGCGAGAUCUACAGCUUCAUGAAGGAGCACUUCCCCUAUUUCAAGACAGCCCCCGACGGCUGGAAGAACUCCGUGCGCCACAACCUGUCUCUGAACAAGUGCUUUGAGAAGGUGGAGAACAAGCUGAGUGGCACCUCUCGCAAAGGGUGCCUGUGGGCCCUCAACCCUGCCAAGAUCGACAAGAUGGAGGAGGAGAUGCAGAAGUGGAAGAGGAAGGAUUUGGCUGCUAUUCACAGGAGCAUGGCUAACCCAGAGGAGCUGGACAAGCUGAUCACCGACAGACCCGAGAGCUGCAGGCGGCCCAGCAAGCAGGCAGAGCCCGAGGCCCCCGCCCUGAACCACAUGGGGGCAGCCCAAGGCCGCGUGUCCAUCUCCCAGCUGCAGCCCCAGCCCGUGGGGACGCUCUCGCUGCAAUCCAUCCCC